CAAACUACAUUUUCAAUUCAAUUACUGUAAACCAAAAUCUCCAUGGAAGAAACUAACACUAACCCAAAAUCUCUCUGUAUAAAACCCACCAAAACCCCACCAUUUUUUACCCCUCUCCUCUCUCCUCCCACCAUGGAUUCCCUCGCCUUUCGCAGGCUGUUCAAACUUUCCGUCGCCGAUGAACAGCAGAAACGAGAACAAGAUGGAGAAGAAGAGGAAGAUUCGUUCUUCGAUCUCGAGUUUCUCUCUGUUUCCGCCGGCGAUAUUCACAGCCCAGAACAGAGACCUCAAAUUCCCACCAAACUAGGCGAACACAUAAACCUCUGUUCCGAUUCCAUUUCCAAACGAAAGAUUCUUCCAAUCGAACCCACUUCCAAGCCCCACUCCCCUAUUCAGCUUCUCAAAUCGGCCCCCAAGUUCCCUGUUUCCAUCUUCAACAAACAGAGAUCAAUGGCCAAAAACAGAGCACCCGGCGGAACAGAACAAGUAGAACGCAGAGUUUUGAGCUCGAAUCUUUCCAGAGACAACAGCACCAGGAGAAUCGGAGGUGUUUUUCCAGUCGACCCUUGUGAGGCUCCGGCGACAACGGCGAGACGGUUCUCGAAGGAGGCAGUUCAGAAGUAUUUGAGGCUGAUUAAGCCUAAGGUUCUGAAGAAACCCACUGACUACAGCGACAAUCUGUCGACGACAGUGGAUUCUCCGGCGAGAGAAAAGCACGAUAAUGGCCUGCCGGCGGGGAUUCGGUUGGUAUGUAAGCAUCUGGGUAAGAGCAAAUCGGCGUCAGCGACCGGUGGAUUGGCGGUGGCGCCCCCGUUGAACCGAAGAGAUGAUUCGUUGUUGCAGCAACACGACGGGAUUCAAAGCGCCAUUUUACACUGUAAAAGAUCCUUCAACGCAUCCACAGAGAAACCUUUAUUGUUCUCAAGGUCAGAAACAGCGGCCUCACAAGAAAGGUCAAGAAGUCUAUCUUGCAAAGAUUUUUCUUUCAGAGAAAGCAAAGAAGAAGGGAUUUGAGAGCAACCCAAAGAAUAUAAAUUUGUGAGUUUUGUUUGUAAAGGGGGAAAUUUUUGGGUGAUGCCAUGAAGAAGAAGAAGAAGAAGAAGAAGAAGAAGAGAAGAAAUGGGUUUGGUUUUGAGGGUUGGAAUGUGAAAAGGGUGAAAAGGGUCAUAAUUAUUAUGAACCAAUUUCAAAAGAAAUCUGGAUUUUGUCUGAUGCAAACUCCAACUAGUAACCAAAAGAGAGGGAAAAGGGGAAUCCUUUCUCCCUUUCUUCACUGUCUGUCAAUGUCUUCCAUCUCAGUGUGCAGUCUUUCCCUUUGUCAUUUUCUCUCAGUCUCAGUCUCUCAAACAUCUUCCCA